AGUAGUAAACCUUUCAAUAAAAAUCAAAUUCCAUUUUUGUAGUAUAUUUUUAUUAGGAGAGAAUUGGAAUGCGAAAUAAAAGAUAGGAGGGGCUAUUUUAGAUAUUUCCUCACAAUAGUGAAAAAGGACUCCGCACAUAGCUCCCAUCUGCAUCCUAUAUAAAAUCCUGUCGAUAUCCACACACAAAACUGAAAGAUAUUAGUAUUAUUCAGUGAGCUGAAAAGAGAGUAAAAAAAUGGCGAUUAGGGUUUGGAUUGCCUUAUUUAUCUGUAUUUUCGCAUUGCUGGGAUUGACAUCUCACGCUUCUGAGAGCGAAUCAAAGGAAUUCGUUGUUACUCUGGAUCACUCCAAUUUCUCUGAUUUUGUAGGUCAACACAAAUUCAUCGUCGUCGAAUUCUACGCUCCUUGGUGUGGUCACUGCAAGAAACUUGCUCCAGAAUUUGAGAAAGCAGCGCAAGUUUUAAGCCAAACUGAUCCACCAAUUUUUCUGGCCAAAGUUGAUGCCAAUGAGGAGGCAAACAAGGUUCUUGCCAGUGAGUUCGAGAUAAGAGGUUUCCCCACAAUUAAGAUCUUGAGAUAUGGAGGUAGCGUUGUUCAAGAUUAUAAAGGACCACGUGAGGCGGAUGGUAUUGUUUCUUACGUGAAGAAACAAAGUGGCCCUGCUUCUGCUGAAAUUAAAUCUUCUGAGGAUGCAGAUGCUGUCAUCGAUGUCAAUAAGAUCAAUAUUGUUGGUGUCUUUCCUGAGUUCUCUGGGGAGAAAUUUGAGAAUUUUACAGCUCUGGCUGAGAGAUUGCGUGCUGACUAUGAUUUUGGUCAUACUUCGGAUGCUAAACUCCUUCCUCGUGGGGAUUCAUCAGUUUCUGGCCCCGUGGUUCGGUUAUUCAAGCCCUUUGAUGAGCUUUUCAUAGAUUUCCAGGAGUUUGAUGUGGAUGCCUUGGCAAAGUUAGUUGAAGAAGCAACUAUUCCUACCGUGACUGUAUUUAACAAGGACCCCAACAACCAUCCAUUUGUUAUUAAAUUCUUCAACAGUCCAAAUGCUAAGGCCAUGUUGUUCGUCAACUUCAACAGUGACCUAAUUGAUACUUUCAAAUCUAAGUAUCAUGAAGUUGCCAAGCAGUACAAAAGCAGCGAUAUUAGUUUCUUAAUUGGUGAUGUUGAGGCUAGUCAAGGUGCCUUCCAGUACUUUGGACUUAAAGAGGAUCAGGUACCUCUGAUCAUCAUACAGAAAAAUGAUGGAGAGAAAUAUCUCAAACCAAAUGUUGAGCCUGAUCACAUUGCUUCAUGGGUUAAAGAGUUUAAGGAUGGCAAGGUGAAACCUUUCAAAAAAUCAGAACCUACCCCAGAGGUUAACAGUGAACCUGUUAAAGUUGUGGUUGCUGACAGUUUCCAGGAUAUGGUCUUCAACUCUGGGAAGAAUGUACUCCUCGAGUUCUAUGCCCCUUGGUGUGGACACUGCAAGCAGUUGGCCCCAAUCCUUGAUGAAGUGGCUGCCUCGUUUGAAAAUGAUGCAGAUGUUAUGAUUGCCAAAAUUGAUGCUACUGCUAAUGAUAUUCCACAGGGAACUUUUGAGGUCCAAGGUUAUCCUACUCUUUAUUUCAAGUCAGCAAGUGGAAAGAUCUCGCCGUAUCAAGGUGAAAGGACCAAAGAAGGCUUUAUUGACUAUAUCCAGAAGAAUCGGGAUAAAGCUGCAGAGCAAGGUCCAGGAAAAGAUGAGCUAUAAUUAAAGGAUGAAAAAUGAAGGAGAGAAGAUUCUGAAGUCUCCUAUUGCAGUUGGCAUUGUGUUGGCUGCCAUGAUGACUUACAAGCUCCUAUCAAGUGAGAAGAAAGAAACAAGCGCACAACAUUUCCACCUCUGCCACCCCUCCCUCAAACCCCCAAAAUAGCCCCUUUUUACCAUAGGUCUGUAAUCAAAUGUUUUGUGAUGAGCAGGAUUUUCUGAGGAUUAGGCAUCAUAGCAAGUCUCAAUGGCUUGAUUAGUUGCAUUUCAGUAUGUUGGAUGAAUUUGUAGAGAAACUUGUUAAUUUUAAGUUAUUUACGAAGCGAAGUGAAUCUUUACUUUUGAA